AUGGCCCGAUCACCAUCCAGAUCGAACCUUUUCAAAACGCUCUCUCAAGAUAUCUGGGCGCAAAUAUUGGACCAAAUUUCACCCUCUGAUAAAGCAUCUGUGCUGGCCACGUGUCGAGGCCUGCGACUUUCCUCCGAGGGAUCAUUAUAUCGCCAUGUCGAUAUUGACUGGGUCAGACCUCCCCUUAGGCGGGUCCUAAUGUUAUUCCGCGUCAUCUAUCAACGUCCAGAGUUAGCUGCACAGAUUGAACAUCUAAGCAUGGUAUCCUCAAAGAUGGAUUACCCAGGCAAGGACCAUCACUGGGACGAAGAAUGGGUGCCUCCCCUAUUUAAUGGUGACUGGAAGGACCUCUCAUCUCACUUUCAAGACGAGGUCAAGGUUGCAAAGGACAUUGUUAUUAGAUCGCAGCUCCCCUCAUCGGAAGUAUGGAUCGAUGCGCUGGAAAAUGGUAAUCCAUAUGCGUUUGCGGCUAUUAUCAUUUCUCAACUCCACAACCUACGGUCACUACGACUGGAUUACACUUUUGUGUGGCAAUCUGGAUUUCCGGGUCUGAUAGUGAGACAUGCUCUUCUUUCGGUAUCCCUAGAAACAUUAUCUCGAUUUUCCAACCUCUCCUAUGUUGAGUAUGGUCUGAACGUCCCACCUCCCAGAUCCUACCAUGAUGCGCUAAACAACUUCAACCCUAUUGAUGCACUUCCUCUUUGCAAUCCUGAGCAGUUUGCAGGCUGGUUCUAUAUACCCUCUCUGGUUUCCCUGCAACUCUGGUUACAAAGUUUAAAAGGUGUUGGUGAUAGACUGAGCAAGCUAGGUGGAUCAAGCAAGCUGGCCCAUUUAGCUAACCUCAAAAUAUUUUCCUUGGUGGAAUCCUCUAUUACAGAGACAGAGAUCAGAGAUAUCUUAUCACACCUUUCUUCGGUGAGAAGCAUUCAUUUGGGUAUCAACUAUCCUUCUGAGAAUGAUAAGGGCUACUUCCAAGAUUCUUCCCGACCUCCUCUAAGCAAGCAAGAACAAGGUGCUCUUUUUGAGGGAAUCAUGAGUAUAAAAGACACAGUCCAAAAUAUUUCUAUUGGCCUUGAGCUCUGUCCAUUAUUUUGGGUUACCCAUGUGGACGAGCGGGGGCACGGGAGCAUUCAAGAAGGAUUGAUCCCAUUUCAAGGGUUCUUAAAAGAGUUCCCCGUCCUUGAAACAGCAGAACUACCAAUAGUUAUGCUUUUUGGUUGGGAUCAUAAAAAAGCACCGCAAUUGGCUGAUUUGGUACCCUCGACUCUUCAGAAGCUUUGUCUGCGAGAUAACCUGGAGGGCGUGGCUGAUUACCAGUGGGAUAUGUACGAGACGACGAGAGUUCAAGAUCUGAUCAAAGACUUUCUUCCCUGCGCACACUCUAUGGCCCCACACCUCAAAACAAUUUCGAUACGCACCUUGAAUGCAUUCCCGCCCGAGGAUUUGAGACAAAACUAUGCGCUGCCUUGCCGGGAGUCAUGCGAGAAACUCGGCCUGGACAUUGAAAUCACCCAGAUCAAUGAUCAUCUUUCGCCUGGGCUUUGGACUACGCGCUGA